UGGGGGCGGCAGCGAGCAGCCAGUGGAGGUUAGACCACAGACCAGCAAACGGAAGGACAUGGCUCUCAGCACGGUCCCGAGGAAGGUGGGGAUAGUGGGCUAUGGCCGCCUUGGACAGUCCCUUGUCUCCCACUUGCUGACUCAAGGACCAGAACUGGGCCUAGAACUUGUUUUUGUCUGGAAUCGUGACCCAGGACGAAUGGCGGGGAGCGUGCCCCCUUCCCUCCAGCUCCAGAGCCUUGCUGCCCUCGGGGAGAGGCACCCUGACCUUGUGGUGGAAGUGGCCCAUCCCAAAAUAAUCCAGGAAUCUGGGGCAGAAAUCCUGCGCUAUGCCGAUCUCCUGGUGGGGUCCCCCUCAGCCCUGGCUGACCAGACCACAGAGCAGCAGCUCCUGGAGGCCUCGCAUCGCUGGAGCCAUGCUGUGUUUGUGGCCCGGGGAGCCCUGUGGGGCACUGAGGACAUCACCAGAUUGGAUGAUGCCGGGGGCCUCCAGAGCCUCCGUGUCACCAUGGCUACACACCCCGAUGGCUUCCGGCUCGAGGGACCCCUGGCUACAGCGCACAGCACCAGGCCUCGCACUGUGCUCUAUGAAGGCCCUGUCCGUGGGCUCUGCCCUUUUGCCCCCCGAAACUCCAACACCAUGGCGGCUGCUGCCCUGGCCGCCCCCAGCCUGGGCUUCGACCGUGUGAUCGGGGUGCUUGUGGCUGAUUUCAGCCUCAAGGACAUGCACGUGGUGGAUGUGGAGCUGAGCGGACCCCCGGGCCCCACAGGCCGAAGCUUUGCUGUGCACACCCACAGAGAGAACCCUGCCGAGCCAGGCGCUGUCACUGGCUCUGCCACUGUCACCACCUUCUGGCGCAGCCUCCUGGGCUGCUGCCAGCUCCCCUCCAAGCCAGGGAUCCAUCUCUGCUGAGAAGCUUCCUCAUUCCCAAGAGGACAUCCUCAACUCAUUUACCUCCCCACCACCAGGGUCCUGCUGCUGCCCUGGCCUCAGUGUCCCCAGACCUCCCUCCUGUCCUAGUAAAUAUUGGAGGCUCUUCUCCCCGA